AUGUCUCGAGGCCUACCGGUGAAACAGAAGAUCCCCAAUGUAGAUAAGGUUGUAUUAGUUGCCUCUGGAAAAGGUGGCGUUGGUAAAUCUACAGUUGCGGUGAAUACCGCAUUGGGCCUCCAGAAGCUAGGGAAGAAUGCUGGGAUCCUCGACGUGGACAUAUUCGGACCUUCAAUACCAAAACUACUAAACCUCAGUGGAGAACCGAGGCUCAAUGAAAAAGGUAGGCUACUACCGCUUACUAAUUACGGUUUGCCUUCUAUGUCUAUGGGAUACUUGGUGGCUCCGGAAAAUGCAAUUGUGUGGAGAGGGCUUAUGGUGAUGAAGGCUCUACAGCAAUUGAUGUUUGAGGUUGAGUGGCCCAAGUUGGACUAUUUGGUGAUUGACAUGCCUCCUGGAACAGGAGAUACGCAGCUUAGUGUGACACAGCAAUUGAAGGUGGAUGGUGCCGUCAUUGUGUCGACGCCACAAGAUAUAGCAUUGAUUGAUGCGGUAAAAGGUAUAGCUAUGUUCAACAAGGUGAAUACACCGGUGUUGGGGCUUGUCCAAAACAUGAGCUUCUUUCUCUGCCCUAAUUGCCAGCACGAAUCACAUGUAUUUGGGUCUGAAGGCGCUGCAAGGGAGGCCAAGAAACAGGGCAUAAACGUAUUGGCUAGCAUCCCCUUAAAUGAGACGAUCUGUAGUCAAUCAGACGCUGGUAAGCCCGUGGUGGUGCUGCAUCCUGGCGACCCCAUUCUGGAGCCAUACGUUGAUGUCGCAAGAGAAGUGAUACAGAGGUUAGAAGGCUAA